AUGGCUCCCUCUGAAACCCUCGACAGGGACAUUCUCCCAGAUACCGUCAAGGCUGUCAACUAUGACCUCUCCAUCUACGAUAUCGAACUAGGUGGCGCUUUCAGCUAUCAAGGAACUGUUGGCAUUUUCUCCAAGAUCACCAAGGGAACCAAAGAGAUUGUCUUGAACUCUCAUCAGCUCAAGAUUCAUAGUGCCGAGGUUUCCGUAGACCAGAAGUCCUUCAAGGCUUAUGACAUCUCAUACGAUGCUCCCAGACAACGUGCAACUCUUUCCUUCACAGACGAGUUGCCAGUUUCUGAGAAGGCUACCCUUGUCAUCAAGUUCCAAGGAACUAUCAACAAUGACAUGGCCGGGUUCUAUCGUUCGAAAUACAAGCCAGUCGUCCCUCCAGCAACAUCUGUACCAAAAGACGGCGAAGACCACGUAAUGUUUUCAACCCAAUUCGAGAGCUGUGAUGCACGCAGAGCAUUCCCGUGCUUUGACGAGCCCAACUUGAAGGCCACCUUUGAUUUCCAAAUUGAGCUUCCUGAAGACCAAGUUGCAUUAAGCAAUAUGCCCGAAAAGGAGACCAAGAAGGCCAAGGAUGACUACAAAGUUGUUUCGUUUGACAGAACACCAAUCAUGAGCACCUACCUAUUGACCUGGGCCAUGGGUGACUUUGAGUACGUUGAAGCAUUUACGGAGCGCAAAUACGAGGGCAAGAAUAUUCCGGUUCGUGUUUACACAACUAGAGGGUUGAAGAGCCAGGCCCAAUAUGCUCUUGAUCAUGCCCCCAAGAUCAUCGAUUACUAUUCGGAGAUUUUUGACAUUGAUUACCCACUUCCAAAGUCGGAUUUACUUGCAGUUCAUGAAUUUGUAAUCUCACGAGGCAAAAUACCUGCCCACUUCAAUUACCUUAUUUCUGUGGAUAUUGCUGACGCUAAUUCAGAGGGCUGGGGUCUUGUAACAUAUAGAACAACAGCUGUGUUAUUUGACGAGAAGACGUCGGAUGCUAGGUUCAAGAACAGAAUCGCAUACGUCGUUGCCCACGAAUUGGCCCACCAAUGGUUUGGUGAUCUCGUCACAAUGGAUUGGUGGAGUGAACUCUGGCUCAACGAGGGCUUUGCUACUUGGGUUGGAUGGCUCGCAACAGAUCACCUCCACCCAGACUGGAACGUCUGGCCUCAAUUCGUCUCCGAGGGCAUGCAAACUGCGUUCACAUUGGACUCGCUUCGCAGCUCUCAUGCUAUUGAAGUCCCGGUCAAAGAUGCUUUAGAUGUCGAUCAAAUUUUCGAUGCCAUCAGCUACCUCAAGGGCAGCUCUACUAUCCGCAUGCUGGCUACACAUCUCGGGCAAGAAACUUUCCUAAAAGGUGUUUCCAACUAUCUCAAAGCUCAUGCAUAUGGAAAUGCCACUACGGCGGAUCUCUGGUCAGCAUUGAGCCAGGCUUCAGGCCAAGAUGUGAACACUUUGAUUGAUCCUUGGAUCCGCAAAAUCGGAUUUCCUGUCGUUACAGUUGCAGAAGAGCCAGGCCAAAUCGGUGUCAGGCAGUCUCGCUACUUGUCUACCGGUGAUGCCAAGCCAGAGGAUGAUUUUACCACUUGGUGGGUGCCUCUUGGAUUUGAAGGCAAGGUUGGCACUAAGGGAGCAGCCUCCAUCGGCCUUACCAAGAAGCAAGACUUCAUUAGAGAUGUCGACGACGAAUUCUACAAAAUUAACAAGGACAAUGCUGGCUUCUAUAGAACCAACUACCCUCCUGCAAGAUUGGCAAAGCUGGGUACCCAGAUUGACCUUCUAAGUGUCUCCGACAAGAUCGGUCUGAUUGGUGACGCUGGUGCAUUGGCUCUGUCCGGAGAGGCUGCUACCCCUGGACUGCUCGCAUUUGUAGAAGGAUUUCAGUCCGAGACGAAUUAUUUGGUUUGGUCACAGAUCCUAGGUUCACUCGGAACUGUCAAAUCAAUCUUCUCGGAGGAUACUGCUGUCUCCGAAGGCUUGAAGAAGUUCACACUCAAGCUGAUCAUUCCUGCUGUUGAGAAGAUCGGCUGGGAGACAUCACCAAACGAUGACUUUCUUACGACCCAGCUCCGCUCGCUUCUCCUUCUAAAGGCAGGUUUGAACGGCCAUGAACAGGCAACCGCUGAAGCAAAGCGCCGUUUCCAACUCUACACCUCCGGCACCGAUAAAUCCGCCAUCCAUCCCAAUCUCCGCAGCACCAUCUUCGGCAUCGCGAUGCGCCAUGGCGACACGGCCGAGUACGAAGCCCUCAAGAAAGAAUGGCACACCACGCCCUCAGUCGAUGGCAAAGAAAUCGCUCUUCGCGCCAUGGGCCGUCUGCAAAACCUUGAUCUCCUUCCUCAAUACCACAACUUCAUCUUCACCGAAGUCGCAACACAGGACGUGCAUACCGGCUCCAUGGCACUGGCUGCGAACCCCAAAACACGAGGCCUGAAUUGGAAGUAUAUCCAGGACAACUUUGAGAGUAUUCAUGCGCGCUUAAGCAAGAACAUGGUGGUUUUAGAUCGGUUCUUGAAGUUGUCGUUGCAGAAGUUCAAUGAGAGGGAGAAAGAGCUGGAGAUUAAGAAGUUCUUUGAGGGCAAGGAUAAUAGGGGCUAUGAUCGCACGCUCGGCGUGGUUAGUGAUACGAUACUAGGCAGGGCGGCGUAUAAAGAGAGGGAUGCGAGUGUUAUUCUGGAGUGGUUGAAGACGCAUGGGUAUGCGUAA